AUGGGGAGGGAGCAGGACAAGGAGUCAGACAAGCUGGCUCUACUCAGUGAGGUGGACAGACACCGCAGGCAGAUGCUCAGUAACCAGACCUUAUGGAAGAAAGCCAACCUGGCCAGUAAACUGUCGCUAGACAACCUGGAGAAGGAAUCUCUUCUCUAUGGAGGAGAUAGUGUCAGAAAGGUGACCAAAGAGGGCCUGGCCCAGACGUCCAGUGACAUCACAGAGAGCCUGAUGAGCAUCGACCAGAUGAUGUCACAGCAGGUGACGCAGAGCGAGGAAUCCAUAACCAUGCUGGCAACCUCGUCUCAGGCGGUCCUGGAGAUGAAUGAUGAGUUUAAGGCCAUGACCGGAACCAUCCAGCUGGGGAGAAAGCUCAUCACUAAGUACAACCGCAGGGAGCUCACUGACAAACUGCUCAUCUUCCUCGCUCUCGUACUCUUUCUCACCGCGGUCUUCUACAUCUGCAAGAAGAGAUUAUUUUUCCUCCAGACCAGACACAACUAACUUAAACUAAGUAACUUUUAGAGCAACUUUGAUAAGAGUAACUAUGAUCAUAUAAGCUAAUUUAUGACAUGAGUCGUGUGAGAUAAGUAUUGUAAGAUUAACAUACUGCUUAUUAAUGUAAAUCCAUAUCAACAUUUUAAAGACGUGUGCACACACACAGUAGUAAUGGCUUUGGGGAUAAGCCUAUUUUAAACAUUAGUUGUUCGUCAUGGAAGGAAUAUCAGCUUUUUGCAAUACUUAGAGGAAAGUUUGAUGGUUAAUGUAACCAAUUGUUAUGAUUAUCAUGUUAAUGUAUUAUUCCAUUGCAGGAAGUUAAAGCUGUUGCCCAGUUAUUUAUAUCCUGCUCUGAAAGAGAAAUAAAUGUGUUUUAGUAGUUGCCUUAUUUAAUGCAGAUUCCAUUUUCGCCAGACCAUUAUUUAAAGUAUAGGGAUUCAUGUCAAUGUGUAACACAUUCUCUGUAAUGUAAUCAGUUUUUGAACAAAACGUUGACAUUAUUAAAUAGUGUAAAAAUAAAAAAAGAAUCUCCAAG